UCUAAUCAUCAUAUCAGCUAAUGCGACCAACUUGUUGGCGUUUCGAUGACUUGCCAUUCGAGAUUCGUGUUCCAGCAUUGCACAAAAUUUGGGCUCGUUUCACGUUUCAAAGAUCCCGUACUUCACCUAAGUGAGUUCUCCCAGAUUUGGCGCUUCAUUCUCUACUUCUACCUGGGUUUUGUAGACACUCAAAUGUUCAUGGGGAUCGAGGAGCAAACUUGGAAGUUGAAAGUGGGGUGAAUGUGUACACGGAGUCCGCAUCCAGCUUCCAUGGCAUUCACGGACGUACGAGUCGUACUAAGGCAAUCUUCUUGUGCAAGGAGACGAACGCUGUCGAGCUUAAACAGUGUCAAUAGAAUGUUCUAGCCAAAUGAGUGAUGAAAUAUAGUCAUUCAUUUUGCUCAAGCCGCUAAAGUGACGGGAUUCAUGAUGAACAAUCCACUGAGCAAUGUGGAAACUCGAGUGUUUGACAUUGAUCAGUAUAGUGAUGAGACCUUGGAGGUGUUGCUCUCUAGUUCCUUGAAUCAAGGUCAAACGGACGGCUUUCAUCGCGAAGGGACAUUGGAAUCCAAUCAUCCUAUGGAUGAGGGCGUAUUUGACUUCCCUGAUCUCUUCACUACUCAGUUACCAGAGCCGCAAGAUUUUGAGGUCGACCUUAAGGAAUUGGAGUCGUUUAUCAAUGAAGAGGAUUGGACGUUGAACGUAUCGUCUACAAAUGGCUUUCCCACCUAUCAGCAUGGAUCUGAAUCCUCAUUUUCGCCCCAAAGUACGACUUACUCCCACAACCGCAAGUUUUCCAGGUCAUCCGAUGAAGGGAUCUCACUAUCGCCCGAAUCGACAAAUUUCAGUUCCAGUUUGGGAAGUCCGGAAGAUCCGGACAAUCUUCCCACGGAAGCCAUAUUGCAAGUCAACGCUGUGCCUGAGAAAUCCACAGAUCCUACAGAGUCCGAGGAUAAUUUUCCCCAAUCAUCAAUGCCACCCUCGGAUUGGGAUCCCGAGAAAUGCUACAUAUGCCAAGAAAAGGCUGGAAAACAUAACUAUUACGGGGGCAAGGCUUGUCCGAGCUGUCGGGCAUUCUUCCGAAGAGCAGUCCAAAGUAAAUACUACGAAAUCUUCUUCUGCAACAAAGGAGAAAAAUGUGAAAUUAAUCUCAAAACCCGGCGAUCUUGCCAGUUUUGUCGCUUCAAGAAGUGCUUGGACUCUGGGAUGCGGGUGGCUUGGGUGUUGCCGGAUGGCGAGAGAAACCGGCGGUUCAACAAGCUUCGAAAAUCUGUUCAAAAGAACAAAACCCAAAUGGAAGCAGAGAAGAAAGCGGCAGCGGAAAAAUCUAAAAUGCCCCUGCAAGUCCGGGGCGUCUUGCCGGGCGAAAUUGACAUGAUCCGAGGGGUUCAUUUAAAAGUUGAUAACUUGGGAGCCAAAAGUUUGAGAGAGUUCAUCCUAACCCAACCUGACUUUAUGAAAAAGUUGGCCAAUUUCAGUUACUUCGGAGGACAACCCGACAUGGCAUUCAUUCAGAGGUUCCAGUUAAUGUGUGACAAGUUUGCCCAUUUUGUCAUGACCACCUCGGAUGAGUUCAAAAUGCUAUCUUUUGGCGAUAGACGCCAAUUGGUCGAGGUCAACGGUCCGCUUCUGAACCGAUUCAAGUGCUCAGUAACCAUUCAAGAGACAAAUUCAUGCUUGGUCAAUGGCAUCGAACAAGCCACGAAAUCCGGAGAAUUCCCCUAUCUCAAUGAUAUUGCCCACAAACUCGAAAUGCUCAACAUGAGUGAUCGCAAACCCAUUUUAGCCUACAACCAAUUCUACGCCUCCCCAUGGGCCUCAUCCAAAGAAGCCGAAGGCCGUUACUUCAACCUCAUGAUCAAAAUGAAAGCUUGGCCCCGAGAUAACAUCACCAGCCCCGUGGAUGAUAUCCAAAUGACGCUCGCCAAGAUGAUCAUCGCCUUCACUCCGGAUUUUCUGGAUCUCGAGCAAAGAGCCGUGGUGGAAUCAAUCCAAAUGAAGUAUGUUGGAAUGCUGCACAGAUACUUAACAUUCCGCUAUGGAGCCAAAGCAGCCACCACAAGGCUGGCUAGCGGUCUCAUGAUGUCAACCUAUGCUAGAGAGGCCCAAGGUAUUGUCACAGGAUGCUGAGGAGAAGGACGAUCAAAGUAGCUGUCAAAGACAAGGAAAUUUGGAUUUUGCCUGUCACGACAUCGGACAACGAUCAUCGGCGAAAGAGGUUGCGUGUCUGGUCAAUAAUAUCUAUUGGGUAACAAACCUGGUAAUUUUGCAUGCAUUUUGGAAAACAAAGUCAUGGCGUUGCGGCUAUCACGCCCCUUAGAAUACUCGUAAGGAUUAACUACAAGUGUGCCCUAAUCUCAUCGAUUUCCAAUUGGAGCAGUUGAAAUAUAUGGAGAUUGUAAAGGGGAAGCUUCCCUUGGAAUA